AUGAUACAAAACUAAGAAGGUGCUAAUCAGACAUUCGACAAUUAACAAUAAGCCUAUAAGCAUAAAGAUUUAAGCUAUGUAGAAUUAUUUUUUAAUUUAAGGAUUUAUAUAAGUAAAAUAAAUUGGACCAAGCAAUAUAAGAAGUAAAUAAGGCUAUAGUACUAAUGCCUUAGCUUGCUUCUGCUUAUUUGUAUAGAGGUAUUAUUUAUCAAAGAAUCAUAAUUAGCAUGGUUUCUUAAUGAAUAGAGUUAGAAUUUUGAAGCCUUAUAAGAUUUUAAUAAGGCUAUAGAACUUGAUUCUGAGUUAUUACAAGCAUACCACAGUAGAGGUAAGGCUAUAUGAUAAAAUUGUAGCAAAUUUAUUGUCAGAUCUUAAUAGGAAUGAAGAAGCUAUAAAAGAUUAUUAAAAGGUGAUACAAAUAGACCCAAACUACACAAAUGCAUAUUACAAUAAAUCAAUUGUAUUAAGGAACUUAGGAAAAAAUUAAGAUGCUCUUAAAGAUCUAAAUAAAGUUAUAGAAUUAGAUUCUACAAAAGAAAAUGCGUAUUAUUUGAGAGGUUUACAAUAUAUAAUAUAUUAAUAGGUAACAUAUAUUCCGACCUAAAUAAACAUGUAGAAUGUUUAAAAGACUAUAAUAAAGCUAUUGAACUUAAUCCAUAACAUGAAAACUGUUACUUUAAUAGAGGUUAAUUUAUUUGAUCUAUUAUAAGCAAUAAUUUUAAACAAAUUAGGCAAAAAUGAAGAUGCUAUUAAAGAUUAUGAAAAAGUUCUGAGCAUAAAUCCUAAAAAUGUUGAUGCCUACAAUAAUCUAGGUAAUCAUUUACAUAAUAAUCAGCUAUCAUUUUAUAUAAUUUGGGAAGAGAUUAAGAAGCAAUAAAUUGUUAUUAGAAGAUAAUUGAUCUCAAGCCAUAGGAAUAAAAUGCCUAUUCUAAUAAAGGUAUAAAUCUUUUAUAAAAUCAGCAAUUUUAUUGAAAAAACUUGGUAGAAACGAUGAGGCAAUUGAUUGUUAUAAUAAAUUAAUAAACCUCAAUCCUAAUGAUGCAAAUUCAUAUUUUCAUAGAGGGUAUCUUUUAAUGGAAAAGAAUAAAAUCUAAUCAUUAUAAGAUUUUACUAAAGCAACUGAACUGAAUCCCUCAGAUAAAAGUGCUCACUAUAAUAAAGGUAUUCUUAUCUUCACUAAGUGUUUAGCAAUAUUAUUAGAGGAAUUGGGAGAAUAAGAGAAUGCUCUUUUAAGCUAUUAAUAAGCUAUUAACAUUGAUCCUGAAUAUAGUGACGCCUACUUUGGUUAAGGUAUUUUAUCAAAAUUUUGCUUAGCCAUCAUCCUGGGCAAAAUUGGAAGAAAAGCUCAAGCCUUAGAAUCUUAUAAUAAAAUGAUAAAGAUUACUCCAAAUGUGGCCAAAGCAUAUUACAAUAGAGGUUGUUUUAAUAAUUUAUUCUAGCUAUACUAUUUGAUGACAUUGGAAAUAAAGAGUAAUCAUUAAAAGAUUACAAUAAGGCAAUAGAAUUAGAGCCAACUAAUUAGAGUGCCUACUAUAAUAGAGGUAUUGUUUUUAUAAUUUUUAGGAUUUUUGCUAAAUGAAUUAGGAAAGAAGGAAGAUGCCUUAAAGAGUUAUAAUAAGGCUAUUGAGCUAAAUGCUAAUGAUGCUAAAUUCUAUUAGUGCAGAGGUUUCAUGGAUUUGUAUUUUUAGCUGGUUUGAUGUCAGAUAUGGGAAAAAUCUAAGAAGCCUUAGAUGAUUAUCAAAAAGCAAUCAAUCUUGAUCCAUAAUAUACUAAUGCUUAUUAUAAUAGAUGUAAACAUUAUUAUUAUUUCAAGCAUUAUUCUAUUCAAAAUAAAAAAAUUAUUAAGCAGCCCUAAAUGAUAUAAACAAGGUAAUUUAGUUAGAACCUAAAAAUGCUAAGGCUUUUAAUAUUAGAGGUAUAAAUAUCAGCUAUUCUUUUAGGUAGUAUUUACCAUGAUCUAGAAAAAGAUACAGAAUCAAUGAUUGAUUACAGUACAUCUAUCCUUAUGGAUCCGAAUAGUUCAAAUACCUAUAAUAAUAGAGGUAAAGCAACAGCUAUAAAUCUAGCCAAUCUCUUUAGUGAUUAAGGUUUAGAUUAAGAAGCCCUUAAUGAUUAUAAUAAGUCUAUCGAACUUGAUCCUUAAAGCUCAAAUACAUAUUGUAAUAGAGGUUUUUUUUUGCUUAUUGAAAAUAGGGAUUUUACUUAGAAAAAAAGAGAGAAAUCAAGAGGCCUUUGAUGAUUUUAAUAAAGCAAUUGAACUUAACAAAAAUAAUUCCGAUGCCUAUAAUAGUAGAGGUAAAAAAUUAAUUUAGAUCAGGUAUCUUAUUUAAAGAUUUGAAUAAGAUGGAUGAAGCAUUUAAGGAUUAUAAUAAAGCUGCUGAACUCAAUCCCAACAAUAUUAACUCUCUUUACAACAGAGGUAUUAUUGUUUAAAAAUAAUAGGUAUUUUAUACUAUGAUUUGGGAUAAAAAGAUAAGGCCCUAAAAGAUUUUAAGUUAGUAUUAGAACGCAAUCCAGCUCAUUCUGAUACUUAUAACUCGAGAGGUUAAAUAUAUUAACAUAACUAGGUAACUUAUUAAUGAAUGAUGGCAAAAUAUAAGAGGCUAUAUAAGACUACAAGAAAGCAAUAGAAAUAGCUCCUUUGAAUCCUUUAUAUUUGACUAAUCUUGGUAGUUUAUACUACUAACAAAAGGAUUAUAUGCAGGCAAAACAAUAUUUUUCAUUAGCAUAAGGUUGUUUGGAAUAAAUUAUUCAUUCAAAAUUCAAAAGUAGAAAUCUUUAUUUAAAGUAAAUUAAAGCUGAUUUCUGAAAUUGACAACCAAUUUUAAAUUGCAAAAAAAAAUAUAGCCUAAUUAGCAAAUAC